GCCCCAGUAGGGUCGGAAUAGCCCCAAGAACUAGGUCAGUGAAAGUACUGCUUUCAUCCAAAGUUGAAGCUGAAUUUUGCUGAUUUCAAGAAAGUACAAAUAGAAUAGACAAAACAGAACUCAUUGAUGAAUAAAAUAAAUGAAAUAAAGCAAAAAAGAGUCCAAAUACCAUUUUAGGAAAUAGAUGCCCGGGAUUUUAUUUAAGGAAAUACGGUAAAUUCCCAGUAACUAACAAGCUGUAAUAACAAGAAUAAUGUACUCCGGAUUUCACUGGACUUUCUUCUUUUUUUUGUCUCUCCUACUUCAAAAAAUAAAUGGGAACUGGACAACAGAGACACUGGUGACUACAGUACCACCAACUACAAGUGGACUCUCCACUGCAGGCCUCAUUGGGAUUACAGUAGGUAUUGGAGGAACUAUCUUUCUAACAUUGUUGGUACUAGCUCUACUAAUAGUUGGAGUAGUCAUUAUAGUUUGUAAAAAACAUGAAAAUGGAACUGACAAUGCGGCUGAUACUCUAAUAGAAUCAGUUGGUCCAUCAAUAAAUAUGAUAUUAUCAUUUAGUGUGAAAGAGAAUGUAGCCUAUGGUAAAACAGCUGUUGAUAGUACCAUACACAUAUCGGAUAAUGUUGCUUAUGCUCAAACAGAAAGUGCUACUCAAUCAACAAAGGAAAUAAAUUCAUCUGCUGCUUAUGAUACUGUUUGCAAUUUUCAAGUAUAGAUAAUAUUGUACUAAUUAUUCUUUAAAAAAAUAAGCAUAAUUCUUUGCAAUGUGAAGCAUAAAGGAAUGAGUAGCAUGUUUAGGAGAAACAUGUACCAAUAAAGAGAUCAAUAAUUUACUAAUCAUGCAUGACAAUUGACAUUGCUUGAUAUUGUAUUCAUCUUCUACUCAAUCAUUUUGUCAUUCAUUUAAUUUAAUACAAAGAAUAAAAACAUUAACAUGAA